AAUAAAACGUUAUUUUCCAAUUGUUUCACGGCGGUUACAAAUAAACACACCACACCUCCACACAACCCUGGGGAGGAGCGCCGCAACCCCUGAUUUGGUCUGAAUACUCUGCGAAUCCAUGCAAAGUUGCACUCUCUCAAAAUCUUACAGUUGAGAUAUGUUGACAUUGACAUUUGUCUUGUCAUUCAACAUUUUCUAUCUCUCACGUCAGAGAAACAGACACACAAGUUGCAACGAAGAAGGGGGAGGAGGGAAAAGGGAGGGACACUGAUAGGUGAAAUUAUUCAAUCUAUUCAGACUCCAUUUUGAAGUCAACACAGCGGAAGGAGGGAAACAGCAAGUCCAAGGAAGGUGUUACUGGUUUACCUGUCAGACUCCAGAAGAUGAGUGAUUCGGAGGAAGAGAAGGACAAAGCAAAGUCUGCAACAUUUGGCUAUCUGUCUAUGAAGAGUGACUUGUCUAACUAUGAUCCUCCAGACUUCAGUAAUGAACCUGGACCCUCAGACACAAAAGAGAGGAAAGGGAAAGGUGUCCCUGUGGAGGAGCGGCCAUGCUGCUGUUCUUUUUGUCAGGAUGUUGAGAAGGACCCAGUCUCUAGGUGUCGACACUGGUUCUGCAGACGGUGCAAGACCCCAUUCUGGGAAAAGGCUGCUUCAUCAGGAGACUCCUCCUGUCCCCGGUGUGGAAAAAGAUCCAGAACAAGACCUAGACCGAAGGCCAGCACUCUACAAAACAGUGAUCUGCUGAAGGUUUUAGAUGAACAUAAGAUCAAUCUGAAGAAGAGAUGUGAAUGUGUGACUGAAGGAACUGAUGGAGCAGGAAGUAGAACCCUCCUCAACAGGAUCUACACUGAGCUCUACAUCACAGAGGGACAGAGUGAAGACGUUAAUACCCAACAUGAGGUUAGGCAGCUUGAGACAGCUUCCAAGAUGAGGAUUCUCCAUGAAACUCCAAUCAAAUGUCACGACAUCUUUAAAGUCUUACCAGCCAAAAAGAAAGGCAUCAUCAGAGUCGUUCUGACAAAUGGCGUUGCUGGCGUUGGAAAAACAUUCUCUGUGCAGAAGUUCACUCUGGACUGGGCAGCGGGCUUGGAAAACCAAGAUAUCAAUCUGGUGAUUCUGCUUUCAUUCAGGGAGCUGAACUUGGUCAAAGAUGAGCAGUACAGCCUCCUCAUGCUGAUCCAUGUUUUUCAUCCAACAUUACUGAAGGUCACAGCAGAGAAUCUUGCUGUCUGUAAAGUUUUGUUCAUCUUUGACGGCCUGGAUGAAAGCAGACUUUCAUUGGAUUUCAAGAACAAGAAGGUUGUGUCUGAUGUCACACAGGAGUCGUCAGUCAAUGUGCUGUUGACAAAUCUCAUCAAGGGGGAGCUGCUUCCCUCGGCUCUCAUCUGGAUAACCUCUCGACCUGCAGCAGCCAAUCAGAUCCCUCUCACAUGUGUUGACAGGUUUACAGAAGUACGAGGCUUCACUGACAUCCAGAAGGAGGAGUACUUUAGAAAGAGAUUCAGUGAUGAAAAACUGUCCAGGAGAAUCAUCUCACACAUCAAGACAUCCAGGAGCCUCCACAUCAUGUGUCACAUCCCAGUCUUCUGCUGGAUCACUGCUACAGUUCUGGAGCACAUGUUGACUACAGACCAGAGAGGAGAGCUGCCCAAGACUUUGACUGACAUGUACUCAUACUUCCUGCUGGUUCAGACAAAGAGGAAGAAGCGCAAGUAUGACGAGGGACAUGAGACGAGUCCACAGGAGCUGACAGAGGCUGACAGGGAAGUUCUUCUGAAGCUGGGAAGGCUGGCAUUUGAAAAUCUGGAGAAGGGAAACAUCAUGUUCUACCAAGAAGACCUGGAGCAGUGUGGUCUUGAUGUCACAGAGGCCUCAGUGUUGUCAGGAGUUUGUACAGAGAUCUUCAAAAGAGAGAGUGUGAUCUUCCAUAAAACAGUCUACUGCUUUGUUCAUCUGAGCGUUCAGGAGUUUCUGGCUGCAGUCUACUUGUACCACUGUUACACCAACAGCAACACAGAGGUACUGGAGGACUUCCUGAAAGAUGUGGAGGAUGAAGAAGAUGAUGAAGAUGUGUAUGAUGAUGAAGAUGUGUAUGAUGAUGAAGAUGAUUAUGAUGAUGAUGAUGAUGAUUAUGAUGGUGAUGGUGAUGAUGAUGAUGACAGUGACCAUAACCAUUUCUCAUCGCUGGAUGACUUCCUGAGGAGAGCCAUGGAUAAAUCUCUCAGAAGUGAAAAUGGCCACCUUGACCUGUUUGUUCGCUUCCUUCAUGGCCUCUCUCUUGAGUCCAACCAGAGACUCUUAGGAGGCCUGCUGGGUCAGACAGAGAACAGUCCAGAAAUCAUCCAGAGAGUCAUCAACAACCUGAAGGAGAUGAACACCCACAGUAUCUCUCCUGACAGAAGCAUCAACAUCUUCCACUGUCUGAUGGAGAUGAAUGACCGCUCAGUACAUCAGGACAUUCAAGAGUUCCUGAAGGCAGAGAACAGAUCAGAGAAGGAACUCUCUGAUAUCCACUGCUCUGCUUUGGCCUACAUGCUGCAGAUGUCAGAGGAGGUUCUGGAUAAGUUGGACCUGAAGACAUAUAACACAUCAGAGGAGGGACGACGGAGACUGAUCCCAGCUGUGAGGAACUGCAAAAAUGCUCAACUCACUGUGGAGUUGUGGCCUCAGCUCUGAAAUCCAAUCCCUCCCAUCUGAGAGAGCUGGAUCUGAGCUCCAACAAACUGCAGGACUCAGGAGUGAAACUGCUGUCCGCAGGCCUGGAGA